ACAGGUUUCCUCCAGUUCUCAUUUUCCCCAUUUUGGAUGUUUUUCAAGUUCCAGUGAAUCCUUUAGAAUAAGAAUCAGAUCCAAUUGUGAGUGAAUAAAUCCGAAAAGUCUCUGAAUUCCCCCUUUUCUUUUCUAUCUUUGCUACACUUUACUUCUCCUCCGACCCUGAGGACGAUGGAGAGGAUGGCUAUUGCGGCGUCGUUUUUUGUGUGGUUGAUGGUGGCCCUAUGUAAUGUUCCUGGGCUGCUGGCUUCUAGCGUCCCAGCUUUCUUCUGGUCUUCUCAUCAAUUUUCAAAUAACGGAAUGGAUGAAGCAGUGAAUUAUCAGACCAUAUCUUCAAGGGAUCUUGCCAGAUCUAUUCUGUCUGAAGGGGGCUGGUCAAACAUACUGUGUUCAGAAAAGAAACUUCAGCAGCCUGUGGAUCUGGCACUUGUUUUUGUUGGUAGAGAGCUGUUAUCCACAGAUAUAUCGACAAGAAAAAGUGCUGACCCAGCUCUUGUGAGCUUGCUUAAGGUCUUGUAUGGAAGAUCUAAUUUUUCCAUGGCAUUCCCCUAUAUUGCUGCAUCGGAGGAGGAGACGAUGGAAAAUUCAUUGGUUUCAGGUUUUGCGGAAUCUUGUGGGCAGGAUUUAGGAAUUAAUAAUGUUGCUUUUUCAGAGUCAUGCUCUGUGGAGGGUGAAAACUUUGAAAAGCUUGCGGAUGUGCAUGCAGUUCAUGACCAUCUGGUUUCAAGGAUGGAAAAGAGACAAAAUGGGCAAGCAGAUUUGGUUGUAUUCUGCCAUGGAGCUCAUUCUGCAAAAGGACUUGAGCAACCAAAAUCUGAAAGUGAGAUUUUGUCAGAGCUCAUCAGUUCUGUUGAGACACUGGGAGUAAAGUAUGAAGUCCUCUAUGUUUCAGAUCCAUUUCGAUCAAUCCAGUAUCCUUCUCAUAGGGAUCUGAGAAGGUUUCUUGCUGAAGGUAGUAUUGGAAAUGGAUCACUCAAUUCCACUUGUGAUGAAGUCUGCAAGAUCAAAUCAUCUCUUCUCGAGGGAGUUCUAGUUGGGAUCGUUUUACUUAUCAUUUUAAUAUCUGGUCUUUGCUGUAUGAUGGGCAUUGAUACUCCAACAAGAUUUGAAGCACCCCAAGAGUCUUAAUAGCUUUUGUGUGAGAUAAUACCUUCGAGUUAUGCACCAUCUCUUCUGUUGCAGGCACUAGUGGGAUAUCUUGUUUGUUUGUGGAGAUGUUGCCUUGUAAUUUUAGCUCACUCGGUAAGGGCAUUGUAUGACGAUGGUAAUAAAGGCGUGCAUAGUUUUGAGGACAUUGUGCACUAUUAUUUAAUACUUCCAUAUCUGUGCAAAUGUAAUCAUUUGAUUCAUCCAUUUGAGUAGGUUAUGUGGAGUUCUUUCUUUCUCAAA